AUGUACCGACUGCAACCGAUGUGGUUGCUGCACCUCAUCGUGUAUGGAACCACCUUGGUGCACCUCUCGUUCACACUGACCCUCACCCCGGGUAAAGAAGGGCGAGAUUCGGUUACAGAAGCCUUAGAGUACGUCGAGGAAAUCGCUGGGCAGGAGGGUAACUGCUCUUUUGGACCCACACUCGACUUGGAGUACAAUAAGGAACGAUGGACAACGGAGGCAACGGUAGCCGUCAGGGCAGCCAACUUGUUAACACUCCUCUCCCGCACUGGUGGUCAUAUUCAAGGUGAUCAUAUAGGGGAUGAAGAGCUUCUUUAUCGAAUCGUAGUCGCAAAUGUUGACAGCAAUCCGUCGGUCUUUGGCUCAGCUAUAGCGUUUGAAAACUCACUAUUUAGGAACUAUACCAUAUUCUGCCCGUAUGCAUUCCGGACUCCGGACGGUCCUACUGAUGUUAAAGAUCUCUCCAUAGGCUACAACUACCGGAGUAAUGUUACUGAUUGGUUUUAUAUUCCAUUGUUAAACUUCCAGAAUGAGUCUGUGGACUCGAACUUUUCGUUUAUAAGACCUAGAGAUGUGAAUGAAAUAGCUGAGUCGAGACUGCAGUUAAACGAUGGUUAUUGGACUAAACCUUAUUUUGACUGUGGUGGUGGAGAUGUUUGGAUGGUCACGUUCUCAAUGCCAUUCUUUCUUCCGAUUCGGCAACUCUCAACAGAUUCGAUUUCUGAUAAUCUAGCUUUUGCGGGUGUGACGACUAUCGAUGUUGAACUGAGUAGUUUGGAUAUUAACCAGUGUUCUGGGGGCGAGGAUAGUAACGACGUUUUUGAUCCGUUUGUUGACACACAUCUUUGUAAAAACACAACACAGUGCAUUCCCAUAUCAGGUCUUGGUUUUCAGCGAGGGGCUUAUAUAUGCCAAUGUUUGAAAGGUUACUACUUCCCUGAUACGACAGCCAGUAGUCCAGCAUUCAAUGGCACUACACUUGAAGAUGAGUACAGCAAGAGUGUACGUGGGUUACCUAAUACAUACGACAGCAAUUUGUUCGACUGCUUACAAUGCGCAGAGAAAUGUGAUGAAUGCGUGGACGACUCGCCUUGUUUCUUAAAUCCAUCUCCAAUCUUAAAGAUAGUUUCUCUAUCUGUGACUGGCUUCUGUAUUUUCAUGCUGUUUCUCUUCACUAUUUACACCUGGGUGCAUCGAAAUAAUAAGGUUUUCAAAGCAGCAAGCCCAGGUCUUCUUUAUGUUUUUCUACUUGGUUCAGCAAUAAUGUACUCAGAGGUUAUUCUACGUGCAGUGUUUACAGGCACUUUGCCUUGUAUUCUACAACCUUGGAUACGCUAUAUCGGUAUUGCUUUAUCUUACGGUGCCCUGCUGUUUAAAACAUGGAGAAUCACCGUAGUGUUUACUGUCCGGAGCGCCAAGCCUGUCCGUAUAAAGGACACCAGACUCUACGUCCGUAUAGCAAUACUAGUCUUAUUGAUGGUUAUAUUCCUGACCGUCGGAACCAUCGUUGAGCAACCUACACUAGAGAUUCGAGAAACAUCAGCCAAGAUGAAAUAUGAGAUAUGUACAAUAACACUUUGGAGUUACAUCGGUGAAGGAAUUACGCUUCUGCUCUUGUCAUGGGGCAUUUAUCUGUGUGUGAAAGUGCGGAAAGCACCGUCUGCCUUCAACGAGAGUCAAUUCAUCAGUAUUUGUAUAUACAACGAAACAUUAAUGGCGAUCUUCAGCAUCCUAAUGAAAACAGUUAUUUUGGAGUCGAUAGAGGAGCUUGCAGCCGACAAAGAGUUAUUGGUUGAAGUUUGCCGUGUACACCUUACUGUUACAAUCAUGGUUGCCUUAUUGUAUGGGUCAAAGAUAUACCACGUGGUGCAUUUCAAGGAGACCGGGGGUUCUCAAUUUGAAAUGAAGUCAAAAGACAGAAAGGCACGAGGUGGGCAGAGUGCGUCGACAGGGCUGACCACAUUGGAUUCAAUAUCACCAACUAUUGAUUUCUGCUACACAAACCCUGACGUUAAAGCCGAAGUGACGAGAAUGGAACAAGUUCUUAACUCAAUCAAAGAGGCAAUGACGCUCCGUGAUGAUGAAGUAUCGGUGAAGACGUCUAUUUUAAGCCUCGUGAAAGAACAUAAACUGCGUCUUGAGAAAGAGAAGCAGAGGGCCUUGAGGGGGGAAGAGGAGUGUCCAGGGCCAUCAGGAAUUACACGUGGUACUGUUACACUUAGUGUUACACCUCCAGAUGGCGUUACACCUGUUGUUACAUCUACUGGUGGUGUUUCACCCGAUGUUACAUCUGUUGAUGGCGUUACACCUGUUGUUACAUUUACUGGUGGUGUUUCACCCGGUGUUACAUCUGUUGAUACACCUGGUUUUGCACAUCUUGAUAAUGUUACACCUGGUGUUACAAAAACUGAUGGUGUUACACAUGGUGUUACAUCUGAUGAUGGUGUUACCCCUGGUAUUACAAAUGUGGAUGAUGUUACGCCUGGUAUUACACGUGAUGGUGAUGUUACGCCUGGUAUUACAAAUGUGGAUAAUGUUACGCCUGGUGCUACAUCUGAUGAUGGUGUCACACCUGGCGUUGCAAAAAAGGAUGAUGUUACGCCGGGUGUUGUAAAUGCUGAUUAUGUUGUACAUGGUGCCACAUCUGAUAAUUGUGUUACGCAUGGUGUUACACAUGUUGAUGCUGUGACACUUGUUGUGACACAUGAUAAUUAUGUUACACUUGGUGUUACACCCGCUGAUAGUGUAACACCCGCUGAUAGUGUUACACCAGCUGAUAGUGUUACACCAGCUGAUAGUGUUACACCCGUUGAUACAUAUGUUGAUGAUGCUAAACCCGGUGAUACAUCUGCAGAUGGUGUUACACCAACUAUUACAUCUGUUGGUGAUGUUAGACUUGGUGUUACACCUGCUGAUGUUGUUAUAUCUGGUGUUACGCCUUCUGAUUGUGUUACACUUAGUGUUAUGACUGUUGAUGAUGUUCCACCUGGUGUUGCACAUCUCGAUGAUGUAAGACUUGGUGUUACACCUGCUGAUGGUGUUACAGCUGAUAACAAUAACAAUAUGUUUUCAUAAAGCGUCUUUGUUAAAAAAACAAGAUCAAAGCGCUCUACAAAACAGGACGAGAAAGGGAUAAUAUUGAGAGUUUCACAUUUUGGCACAAGCUAAAAAAAAGGAUCUGUCCUAGAGAGAUUUUAAAUCAGUAAGAAGUUUUCAUCAGAAGAUCGAAGUCCCGCUCUGCCUGUUUGAUGGUGUUACACCUGGUGUUAUUUCUGAUGAUGAUGUUACACCUGGUGUUAUUUCUGCUGAUGGUUUUACACCUGUUUUUACAUCUGCUGAUGAUGUUACACCUGAUGUAACAUCUGCUGAUGGUGUUACACUUGGUGUUACAUCUGUUGAUGGUGUAACACCUGAUGUAACAUCUGCUGAUGGUGUUACACUUGGUGUUAUAUCUGCUGAGGGUAAUGCACCUAGUCACGAGAUACUUACACAGAAUAAGAUUGAUUUCAAUAUAAACCUACAUGCCUUUCAGGAUUACGAACACGACGCUGACAACAAUCACGACGACGACAAUGGACGAAUAUCAAAAUAUUAUAAUCAACAUUAUUAUUAAUUUUGGUAACUUUUCAACAAAAUAAAAUUAUGCAACUUUAAAAGGUUUUGUAUUUUAUUGAAAAACAGUUGUAGAUCGACAUAAUUAUUUUCUCCGAAAUGUAUUGCUGACAAACGAAGUAACUUAGACAAAGUGCGCAAAGCAAUUCCCAACAAUUUGGUAAUACUGUAGUAUGAUAUGCAAGUCGGGACAACAAAGCAACUUUUGCACAAACUAUGACUACUACAAUGGUUUCUCAAAAUGACAUGAAUAUUCACUAUUAUGCAAAUGAAGAUCACGAGACUCGGACACAAUUUCUAAUAAAAACCAGCACCACUCAAAGCACGACAACGACGUCAUUAAAGUAAUGCAAUAGACAAAUCACUUACAACCUCAACCCCACGCGUAGCCAGAUUAUCUGACGUCACACUUCGAGGCUCGUGAACCAGAGAGUGGCCGCUGACCCAUAGGUCAAUCCCCAUCCAUAACCACCUUUCACCUAUAUAUUCAUUUUACAAGGAGAUACGCACUCAACUCAUUCACCUCCUUAUGUACUAUACACAUGCAUGCAGACGACAGGAAGUUAGCUUUCCAUUGUUUUGCAUGAUUGGUCCGGAAAUGUUUGUAAUCUGCAUCAACAUCACCUCAGACUCAUCAAAACAAAAUGAUGUGUAAAGCUUACAUCACUGCUGCACGCUUGUAUCCAAUGGCAUCAAUGUAGCCAAUGAAAUCACUAGUUCUGAAAAGUACCUGUCUUAUAAGGGGACCAGUCUAUACCCCACGCCACGUGUGGAGAUGCAAACAAGAGAGGGCGGUUGUUAUCAAACGCAGUUUUGACUACGUAGCCGACGUAGAACAAGAAAGAGCAGACGAUAGACGCCACGUCGCCUGGCUGGCUUCUGUAUCACAUAAAAUGACAUAGUAGAACCGGACCAAAUUUCAAACAGCCAAUGUUGUGCUUACUGUGCCAUUUCCAUUUCAUAGCGCUGCUCACCAUAAACACAAGAAAAGGCGUUCUAUUAUCCGGUGCUUACAUAUGAAAAUGAAAACAAAACAAAUCAAAGAUAACCGCCUUAUGUUCUGGCUUAUCUGUGAAUACACUCAUGAUGAGCACAUUGUUAUGCUAUCCUGGUGUCAUGUGUUUUCAGUAUGAUAACAGGAAAAU